AUGGCUUCAACGACCAACAACCGAAGCCGGUGCUCGGCACAGCCAACCAUGACAAUCACCACUCUACUACUCUUGACCAUCACCGUCAUCCUCUUCGCCUCUCCGGCUGCCGCGCACUCUUUCCCCUACGUGCCUACUCAGCUCCUCAUGCCCGAUCGCCCAUGUAUCGACCAUACCGUACCUUGCGCCGCCUCUGACCUGGCCUACAUCUUCCGACAGACCGCCUCUGACAGCAUCGAGUUCCGCGCCCUCAACUUUUCCCAGAGCGUCAGCGCUGACGACGUCGACCUUGAGCGCCCUGCCGGGAGGACCUCUCUCCCGUUUCUUCUGGACAAGUCCAGCAGCACGGCGUUUGGCGCCGCCAGGACAGCCAACGGUUCCGUGCUCGUUUACGCGGGCGACUGUAAGACCGGCAGCGGCGAUGUUUGGAGCUUCGACCCGGAGGAGGGAGGUGACUGGACUCGACGUGGCCUCGGCGAUGAUGGCGACCGUCGUCGUGCGCCUUACUUUCUCGGCGCUACUGUCGCAUUUUCGUCCAUGCUUGCUCCUAGGAUGGACCAGCCGACUAUGUAUACCUACGGUGGCAUGUGUACCACACCCGACUCUGGAUCCAGCGCUCCCAAGACUUGGCAGGCUGAGGCCAACUACACAAGGACCAUGAUAAGCCUUGCGCCUACAAACAGAAACGCCAACACACCAUACACAUUGAGUGUGGCUUCCAGCAGCGGAUCGCGCGUCCCGAUUGCUGGUUUUACCCUUACAGGCCUGACACCUUCCAUUACUAACAGGUCUGGCAUCGUCACCCAGCAGACCAGCUAUGUACUCCUUGGUGGACAUAGCGAGUCGGCCUUUAUCAACAUGAGCACCGUAGCCGUGUGGAACUUGCCCGCUGAGUCUUGGAGUUAUGUCGACAUCCAAGCGCCAGAUGUCAAGGUUCCCAACACGGAUCUCACGGUCAAGUCCACGACGACCCGUAGGAGCACAAAGAACACUGCGGACAAUGUCUACAGUCGCUCCGGACACACUGCGACUCUUAGUGAGGACGGAAACUCCAUCAUUGUUUUGGGAGGAUGGGUCAAGGACGUCAACACCCCUGCCGAGCCUCAGCUUGCCAUUCUCGAGAUGAGCGAUGCUUACAGCGGAUGGCAGUGGAAGAUCCCAGAGGAGCAGCCCGACUUUACUGGACUCUAUGGACACGGUGCGGCAGUCUUGCCUGGCAACAUGCUCAUGGUCUAUGGCGGUUGGGAGCUUUCUGGCUCUACUUCAAGCCGCAAGACGAAGCGCCAGGCCGUGUCAGGCUCGCUCCGUUUCUAUAAUAUUACUUCUGGAUCUUGGGAGAACGACUAUAAGAACCCCCUGGCCGGCGAGUUGCCUUCUGAGAGUGAGAGCGACAAUGCUCCCAAGGACAACCAGAGUCAUUCCAACUCUAAGAAACUUGGCUUGGGUCUGGGUCUGGGCUUUGGUGUCGCUGUUCUGAUUGCCCUGAUCAUUGCUGCGGUUUGCUGGUGCAAGAGACGUAAGCGACACCGUGAGAAUCGUGACCAGGCUGUUCGUGCUCUGUCUCAGGAUGCCAGCCACUUUUCCUCCGGACGAGAAGAGAUGAUGGAGCGAGAUGACGACCCUUGGGGAACCGGUGGUGUUCCUUGGUAUACCGGCGCUGACCCUUACGUUGCUGGUGAGCGAUCGCUCGGCUACGAGUCUCUGCGAGGCAACCGAGGAAACCUGCCUGGCCUUCACAUCCCUCACAAGCCCAUGCCGAGACCAUCCCGUGGUGGUUAUGUGGCCACAGGGCCACGACCAGGAAGUUUCCCAGGACCGAUUCAUCCCAUCUACGAGGACGACGAAGAAGAAUCAUACCACAAUCACCGAGUGCAUGACUCUGUCCACACGCCUACUUCCGAAGUUCCCUCAGAUCCCUUCCAGACUCCCGUUACAGCCGGUGCUAUCCCCCCACCCGCAUUCUUGAUUCCUGGUGGUCGAGCUUCCGCUACGCCUAGCCCUGAGAGCCCACGACAUGAUCCUGAGGUUCAGGACUGGGUCUCUGAUGUUGAUGCCGCUGAAGGACUUCUCGCUCGUAUGAACAGCCGACAUGGCCAGAAGCAAGGUGCUCAGAACCAAGGCCAGAACCAAACUCAAGGGCAAGGCCGUGUCUCACCUACACGACGUAACUCGAACCGCUCUGUUGCUCUGCGCGACGAUGAGUCCCGAAGCGGAUCUAACUUGUCCGAGUCGGCACGAAGCGCAGCAGAGAGCAUCAAGGCCAAGGCCCGUCAACUCAACCCUCUCGCUCCUACGUUCCUAGCAGCUGGCGCCGAGCACCCUAAGCCGGGUAGCUCGACAUCGUCAAGCAGCUACAACACGGCACGCUCAUCGUUUGGCGUUCUUCAGGCCGAGGGUCCCGCGCUCCUUAUGGGUGAUCGCGCUCCUGGUAGAUAUGAUGACGACGAGCCUUCAUCACCUUCCAAGUCGAAGCCGCGCCGAGGAUGGCUCGGUUCCCUCAGACGAGUCUUUUCCGGAUCUAGUACACCGACAUCCUCUCGUGAAGAUAUGGCCCAAGUUCGACGCUCGUUCGAUCAAGAACCUGUGUGCGGUGACUAUGAGCCCGGCCUCGUUGGUCUGCGCGGCGAGCUUCUUAGGCGGAAGCAAGGCCGUCAGGACUGGGAGGACCUGAGCGCUGUUCCCGGGUCAUCGUCUAGGGAUGCCAUGAUGUCGGGAGGAGCUGGUGGUCUGGAGCCCGGUGGCGAGUCAGACUGGGAUAUUGAAAAGGCGGUAGAGCAACGUCUCGUGCAGGUCAUGUUCACGGUGCCUAGGGAGCGUCUGAGGGUGGUCAACGGCGGCAACGACUCUGAGAGCGACCGCGAGAACGAGGUGCCGGUGAAGCCGCAGUCAGCUGUGCUCGUGGAUCCCGAGAAGGAGAGUCAACGAACAAUGGAUGAGAAGAUGGCUGAGAAGCAGCAUCUUGUUGAGGAGAAACAACAUCCUUUCCGAGAGAAGCCUCUUCUUGUUAAUGAAAGGAAGGCUUCUCUCGAUGAGAAAUCUCAUCUUCUCGUGGAAGAAGAUGAUGAUGAUGAUCCUUUCGUGGAAAAGACCCCCCUGGUUCAGGAGAAGCCACAACUCAUCCAGGAAAAGGAGCCGGUGGUUGAAGAGAAGCCGGUGCCGGUACAACGGUUCAAGCGUCCAGAGGAGGAAAAGGUGGAAGUGGAAGAGCCCAAGAAGCGUGAACAGCCGCAGCCAUCACCACCCGAACAACCUCCUCAACCACAACCUGAGCUGCCUUCAACACCUCAACCACCAAAAUCCGCCCACCUCCAACCCCUCUUCCACCACCACUCCCCCUCCCCAUCUCCAUCUCCAUCUCCCUCCCCGUCACCGUCCCCCAACCGCCGAAGGAGACACCACAUGAGGGGCGAGUCGAGCAACUCGGUGGGCUUGAUGCACCACGUCGACCUCGCUCCGCUCGAACCUCACCUCUCCCACUCUACCGACGGUCGUCCCUCUUCGGGCGUCGUCAUGGAGGCCCAGGCCAUGCCUCUGACUCGCGAGAGACCACGGACGCGCGUCCUGGCCAUGGUGGACAGCUUUGAGAGUCUGAGCCGUGAGGGAAGUCCCAGUCCCACACGAUUCACGUAA